AUGCAUCCCCAAUACACACCUUAUCUUUUCGCAAUCCCCUUUCUCGCCUCCUAUCCAUCACCCGUCAACGCAGUCCCAACACACUUCAACCUAACUGCCAUCACCGCCUCCAACAACAUCUCCAUCUUCCAAUGCUGGCAACUUACCGAUCCUAUCAUCUCCACUGAGCAGCCUGGUUAUGGUGCCGAGAUGCUUUAUCAGAAUCUAGGCGCGAUGGGAAACGCGACUUACGGAUACCUGCCUGCUAAUUUCCCCGGUGCUGCACAUGUAGCGCCUGCUGCGCAAUACGUACUUUUCCUCUCCGGCCAAAUGAUCAUCACCAUCCCCGAAACAAACCAAUCCGCAACGUUUGCAGCGGGCGCCAAUGGCAUUAUUGUGGCAGCGGAUACGCAUGACAAGAGUGCGAAUGGUCAUGUGACGGCGUCGGGGGGUGAACCGGUUGCGACGCUGCAGAUACCGUUUUGGGGGGGUGUUGCGCCGGGAUAUAGGGUUUUGCAUGAUGGGAUUUGUGGGGGGGAAGAGUUGGAGUUGAGGUAA